AACAGAAACUACAAGGCGGCGUCUUCUUCUUCUAUCCGAGAGGAACAAUGCAGUUGUUGCCACCCGCCGUCCUCGAACAGUGGAGGUCAGUUCAAGAUACAGAUCACCCACGCCAACCUAAAACGGGCGAUGCCCUUCCCCAAGCGUCACAAGGCCAACAGUGUCUUCAAGCUCUCAAUCUGUGGCUGCAAAAAGAGCAGUUUCAGCAGAGAGGAAGCAUCCUUCAACACCACCAUCUCCGACUAGUCCCUCCACGCCGAUACGCGACUUGUCUAUAGACUUACCAGCUUCAUCUAGGAGGCUAUCUACUAGUCGUUUGCCUGAAAGCUUAUGGCCUUCCACUAUGAGAAUCCUCAGUGUUUCGUUUCAGUCUGAUUCAGUCUCAGUCCCUGUUAGUAAGAAGGAGAGACUGGUUAGUAGUUCUUCUGGUGAUCGAACAUUGAGACCUUCUUCGAAUAUAGCUCAAAAGCAUAAGGCUGAAACGACCUCUGUAUCAAGGAAACCUACGCCAGAGAGGAAAAGAAGUCCAUUGAAAGGGAAGAAUAAUGUGUCUGAUCUUUCAGAGAAUUCGAAACCUGUAGAUGGUCCUCAUAGUCGGUUAAUAGAACAGCAUCGGUAG